UCAAGUCCUUUGUGUUUAAUUUAUGCACUUAAUAGCUCACAAAAUCCUUCCAUCUCGUAGAGAAUAUGGAGGUUCCGCCUCUCUUAAUCCACCUCCACAAGUUAUCUCCGGCGACGUCGGAGGAAUCUUUGGACGGCGUCCUAGAAACCCUAUGGGAGACGAGGAAAUCAGGUCUAUCCCCCAUCCAGAGGACGCAAAUCCAUUCCUUACUCAACCUCCCGGUUCCUCAGGAGCUAGACACUGUUCUGUCUUGCCUACGUUUUAUCAUCAGAAAAGUUUCGAAAGAGAAGCUUGCUGUAGAGGAGUUACAGAGACUCUUUCCAGUUGACCUCUCAACUGAUAUUCAGAAAACUCUUGUUACAUUAUUGCAGAAAUAUCAAAGCCAAUGGGAGAAGGAAGUUGCACGUGAGCAGAUGAGUUGGCUCGCAUCUUUGGUGUAUCGAAUACAAGGCAACGAAGAUAAGUUUUCACACUGCGAUUCAGUACCUUCAUCUGGCCAUCCGUCUAAGGGUGGUAAGCUGUACUCCGUUUUAGGAUAG